AUGCUGCUCCCAUUACCAUUGCUCGCCCUCACCUUCGGUCUCUUCGACGGCGCCGCCGCCCAGGGCUCGGUGACCGACUAUGCGCCGACGACGAACGUGAAGUGCCCCGCGGCGCCCCUGGUGCGCGUGUUCACGCCGCAGAACCAGUCGCUGCACCCGCAGGAGCAGGCGUAUAUCAGCACGCGCGAGAGCACCAUCCUCCCGGAUGCGUGGAAGGAGUGGAUAGGCGACGGGUCGGGGAUUGGGUACAAUGCAAGCGUGGUGCAGGCUAUGCAGGGGAAUUGGAGUAGGAUCGGCAUAGCGAUUAGUGGGGGAGGGUUUCGGGCGGCGCAGUAUGGGGCGGGCGUGUUGAGUGGCCUGGAUGCGAGGAAUGAGAGCGCGAAGGCGGCGGGGACGGGGGGCUUAUUGCAGGUGGCGAGCUAUCUCUCCGGGCUGUCAGGCGGCUCGUGGAUCACUGGAUCGCUGUAUAUGAAUAACUGGCUGACAAUCAAGGAUAUGGUGUUUGGAAACGGAGGGAAUCUAUCCGGCUGGCUUCUGGAUCUGAACCUGGCAGCGCCCGCUGGCAUCGACCUCUUCAACCAAGACAACCAGUACUUCUUCGGUAGUCUAGUAUGGAGCACGACCCGGUCGAACUUCUUCACCAACGAUAGCGCGCAUGGCGCAGGCCAACUGUGGUCCCAGAUCCCAGAGACACCCGCGUUCCAGCAGUACAUCCCUCCGUUCCCCAUCGUCAUGUCCGAUUCGCGGCCCGUGGGAUCUAAUCUCACAACCGCCUUGACGCCAGAGCCGGUCGUAUAUGAGAUGACCCCGCUCGAGUUCGGUUCCUGGGACCCUAACCUAUCCGCCAUGGUUAACAUGUCUUUCGCCGGCACCCACUUCGUCAACGGCACGCCGCCCAAUGAUACGGCGUGCGUUACCGGAUUCGAUCAAGCUGGCUUCAUCAUGGGGAGUAGCGCGAGUCUGUUCAAUCAAAUCCUAGAUUUUGGCACUAAUACUUUGACGGGAUUCUCCUCGCAAGAUGCGUCGGGGCUGCUGUAUGUGUUGAGUCGGCAACUGCAGGAGGUUCGAACGAGAGCUAAUGAUGUUGCUAAUUGGCCCAACCCGUUCCAAGGGUUGAAAUCGCAGACAUUCGAAGACUCUAGUUCCGAUUGGUUGGAGCUCAUUGACGGAAGUUCGAACGCGGAGAAUGUGCCGCUCGGACAACUAUUCGUUCGUGCUAGAGGGCUGGAUGUGAUCGUAGCGGUCGAUUCCAGCGCUGACCAAUCAACCACUUUAUGGCCCAAUGGAUCCUCGAUAGUAGCGAGUUCGAACAGGAUGUCGACAAUAUUGUUGGCCUCUCAUCAAAAGUUUCCACCUAUCCCUCAGACUCCUGCCGACUUCAUAUCGACAGGGGUGAAUCGUAGACCCACUUUCUUCGGCUGCAACCCGACCCAGAAUCCACCCGAGUAUCCCAUGGUCAUAUACUUCCCAAACUCGCCGCCUCUCAAUGGGGAGAACCCAGUCACCAAUACCGGCACGUUCCAAAUCGCCUACACACCCAUUCACACCCGCAUCUUCAUCGACCAGGUGCACAAUAACACCAUCGGCGGCUUCCUCCCCAACACGACCUCGCCCGACCCAAACUUCGGCAAGUGCCUGCAAUGCGCGGCGGUCGACCGCGCACGGUAUAAGCUCUCGCCGAUGCCGCCGCGCUCGGACGUGUGCAGCCAGUGCUUCGCGCAGUACUGCUUCGAUCCGUGGAACCCGCCGAGCCAGAACGAGCUCCCGGGACGGCAGUUUGCCUUCGUCGACCCGGAUCCGCAGGGCGUGAGCGGGGCGCUGUCGUUCUUUGCGAAGAACAAGGCAGCGUUGAUUGGGGGUUUUGUGGGACUGUUCGUCGCUAUCGCGCUGCUUGUCACCUUUUUGAUAUGGUGGAAGAAGCGCAAGCACCGUGAGGCAGAGUAUUCCGUUGUGAAAGACUUGCAUGAUGACGAUGAUGCUGCUCUUUUGGCAAGCGUUGGCCUUGAUAAGUACGAGUUAAAGCCUCGGAGACGGGGUUUUUUCAAAGGGGGCGAUAGAUCUGCUUUUUCCUUCGGGUUUUAGACGUUGCAUGAGGUUUUAUGAACGCUAUGCUAUCACGCGCUCUUCUGUUGUCUGUUGCUCUCUGGUUUUGCCGAACUCUGCAAUUCCUCGCUUGGACGAUCUUGUAAUGACUGUUACUACAUGUGCAGCUAUAUCUUUCGACUUGCCCUCCAUAUUUCC